AUGGAGGUCAAUCUUUCUCACACCACAAGCCCUCAUCUUGAUCAUGGUCUUCUACACACCCCUCUGCUGAAUCACCAUCACCCACCAAGAGUGAACAACAAUGGCCUAAAACCAUCUCUUGUGAUACUUUGUUCCAUUGCUUUUCUGAUGUCAUUGGUGGCAUUGAUCAUGAUGAAGGGCCAAAACCACUUGCAAAAUUUGGACAACAAUGGCAACCCUUUUUCUAACAUCUCCUCAACACAAGGGUUACUACCUAGAGGGGUGGCUCAAGGGGUUUCAGCCAAGUCCAAUCCAACCCUUUUCAACAAAGUUUCAUUUAAUUGGACCAACGCCAUGUUUUCUUGGCAAAGAACAGCUUUUCAUUUUCAACCGCAGAAGAAUUGGAUGAAUGAUCCUGACGGUACCUACAACUGCAACGACAACGUUCACGUGGUCAACGUCCAAAACAACGUAGUUUUCAAAUCCAACCUUAAUUCUCAAUACUAUGAGUACAGUGGUCCUCAAGAAUAUUAG